AACUACACUCUCUUCAUCAGACACGCGACAUCUCACAAAUCCCACACCAUAAUACCCGCCAUGAUCCAAAGAACAUUACUCCGAAGUUCCCGGUCAUUGACCUCAUGCAAACCCUCUACAUCCCGUGCCUCCUCGUUGAUCAGACCCCAAUUCAGAGCAGCAUUUGCGCCAGCGUCGAAGCCGCUCAUAGCUUCAAGAUGGUACGCUACAGAACCCGAGUCGAAGGAGGCAGCAAAAGAUGAAGCCGCUGCUCCGGAAGGGAAGGGGAAGGAGGCCGAGGCUGGAGCCGAGGAUUCAGCGAAGGAGCUGGAGGCGAAAAACAAGGAGAUUAUUGAGCUCAAGGACAGAUAUCUGCGCUCAGUAGCAGACUUCAGAAACCUUCAGGAGCGGACGAAGCGUGAUAUGCAGGCGGCGAAGGACUUCGCUAUCCAGAAAUUCGCAAAGGACCUGGUCGACACCGUUGACAACCUGGACCGAGCAUUGGGGACGGUGCCGGCAGAGAAGCUGAACGCGAAGGACAAAGAGGAGAAUCGGGACUUGAUUGCUCUCUAUGAUGGGCUUCGGAUGACCGAGACGAUCCUGAUGUCCACGUUGAAGAAGCAUGGGCUGGAGAGAUUUGACCCCAGUGUUGAGGGCGAGAAGUUCAACCCCAACGAGCACGAAGCAACAUUCAUGACGCCUAUGGAGGGUAAAGAGGAUAACACGGUAUUCCACACACAGCAGAAGGGCUUCAAGCUCAACGGCAGGAUCUUGAGAGCAGCCAAGGUUGGUGUUGUGAAGAACAACUAG